UGAUGAACGUCAUCGACACAGCCGGCAACAGAGCAAUGUCACAGUUAAUAGAAAGCAAUACAUACGUGGAUUAGCAACAAUAAUUAUUUAAUUAAUUAUUAAAGUUGCGUCUGGGUUGUUUAAUUAUUUGCGACGUACUUAAGUGACAUUUGUGUAUUUUUGUGAUCUUGUAUAACACAAUGUUGUGAGUAAAUUGGUGAUAUGCAGGGUAAUAAUUGGUUUUAAUGGUGAUGUAGGACAUCAACCCAAAUAGGGAUUUUUGAAUUAAAACCAUAUAAGGGAACAAUUGCGGAAGAUUAGAUUAUAAGGAGCAUUAAUUAAGAUGUCGGAAAACUUCAAAGUGCCGGAACCGGAAUGGAUAUUGGACAAGAAUGGUAACGGACAUUUGAUUUGGAGGAGGGAUAUCGAGGACAAGGACAGUUCAAGGGUGAAAUUCAAGCACGACGUGGAAAUCAAAGAGUUCCACCGGAAAUCUUACGAACUAAUGGAACCACCUUGGACCCAAGAAAUCGACUCUCCCAACAUAUUUUCCAUGAGUUUUACGUGUUUGGUGUGUGUCACCAUAUCCCUUGUGAUACCCUGGUAUAUUUUAAGUGGAGCCAUUUACUAGUUUCGAUUAGAUAUAGAUAAAUUAUUUAUUAUUUAAUUUCAAUGGAAAUUAUUAGGUGCAGAUGAAUACAAGGUGUUCCAAAGAAGGUUAGUUUUUAAUAAAUACUUAGUUGUAGUACGUAGAAAUAGUAAUAUAUUGGAAAAAUUGAUUUUAAGAUUAAUAGAGAAUUAUAUUUAAAGAAGCUCCAUAAGCGAAUUAUAGAUAUGUGAUGCAGGGCGGUUUACUUGAUCCCGAUGGUGAACAGGGGAAAUGUUACCAUGUAGGUUGUGCUAUUUGGUCCUAAUUAAAAUUAGUUUAUAUAUUAUUUAAUUAACUUUAUUUAUUGGAUUUUUUUUUAAAUAUAAACAUUGUUGUAAUGUUA